AUGUCUGAUUUUGAAUCAAAAAAUAACCCCAUACGUCCCGAAAAGAUUGAUGAGGAAUUCAUAAACGAAUCAACAGAAGGUAAUCCAACUUCUGAUAAUAUCGGAAUCGACAAAAAACGUCGACAAUCCAUUACUCCUCUUUCCCAUCAACCUAGACAAGUUGAAGCAAAAAAGGCCUCUGGCUAUGAUUUGAAUAACAGUGAUGAAUUUGAUUCAUUUAUUCUUAAUAAUUUUAAGCCGUUUUCAGGAUCAGAAGAGGUAACCGAUUGGUUAGGUAACACCGAUAAAAAGUUUAAUUUACAUAAAAUUCCACGUAAACUUCGCUAUAUUGCUAUACCUUUACUUAUUGAAGGAGAUGCUAAAAUAAAAUACAUUCUAAAUAGAAAUAACAUAAAAUCAUUCGACGAUUUUCUUGAAUUUCUUUUGACUACUUAUGAUGUACCUGAACAUAAUACACGUCAUUUUCAAUCUAAUCCAUCAUCGUAUCCAUCAAAUCAAAAUAAUUUUGCACAUAAUUCAAUAACACAUAAAACUAUAUCUUUUGAAGAUCAACAAAAAACUACCACGAAUAAUUUUGAUCUAACUGAUAAUUCACCCCCAUGUCCUAUAUUAAGAUCAACUACAAUCGUUGAUAUGGGUGCCACCAGACUAACUGGUGAAGUAACCGAAAAUCGAUCAAGCAUUCCACCACCUUCUAACAUCUCUUACCACACUUCUAAUCUCGAUCAAACUUCAUCAACACCCCCUAUGUCAUCGAAUUCACUCUUGCAGCCUCCAGUUUUACUGGAGGGCAGCAGUUCUUGGAGUAAAAGAGAUGUCCAUCUUUUUUCAUUCAUAUCAAUUACAUUUAUUCAUACUCAACAAUCCAUACAUCAACCCAAUACUUCAUCAGGUUCACUUUUUCAGCCUUCAGUUUUACUGAAAGGCAAUAGUUUCGAAAGUAAACGAGCUAUUAGUAAUAAUUUAUAUUAUUCAUACAAUCGACCACAAUCUGAUCCUCAUCAACUUUUUCUAAAUUGUAAUGAGGAAACAGGUCGAAAUUACUUAGCAGGAGGUACCGAAGAUGUAAAGCAAUGGCUUAAAGGUGAUGAGCAGCAUAGUAAUCAAUUAGGUGAUCAAUCGUCAUCAAGAUCUUCCCAAGAUAAUCGAUCAUAUUACUAUGCAAACAAUAUUGCUUCUACGAAUAUACCAAUCUUAUUUGAUUCAAAACCUCCAUACCUCGUUUCUAAAUAUUGA